GCAUCAUGUACGUGCCUAGUAGCCUCGGGUUGUCGAAAUGGGACGGGUCAACCUAUUAUGCCUGGCCACGGCUGUCUGGACACUAGCAAAGGAUAUCGGGACGUUAUGAUCUCAACCUGCACAAACACAUACUGGGAACAUAACCCGCACCGUUUUGAAGUGGGGUGCUUUGCGAAGAUAGUUCCAGAGUUUUCUCUAAGAGUAACACGCACUUUUCUGGAAGUGUGAUAGGAGAAAUAAACAUGGCGUUCAGAAUGAUGAGUUCGACCUUAGGCAAGUUUCUUUCACGCAUCGGAAGCACGACAUCCCUUGCCAGAAGCAUCGUGCGUGUCUCAACUGCGGGUCCUGGUGGGAUGAAUCCAACAUCACUGGGUGUAGCUUCUUACACAAGUCGCUCAGUUUUGCCCAUUUUCAGUUUGUUUUCACGUGCGUGUUCAACGCAGUCUACCACUGCGUCCUUCGCCCCGACUACACUCAAGAGAUAUGAGGUGUUGCUUGACGACUCUCCUUUACAUGAUGUGAAGAUGGACGAUGUCAAAGUGGACAUCGACAACAAGCAGCUCCUGGUGUCCUGGGCAAACGGAGAAACCCAGCUCUAUCCCUUCGUCUGGCUACGCGACAACUGCCGCUGCCGCGAGUGUUUCCACCCCGAAGCCUUAAAUCGCUUGACACAACUUCACCAGAUCGACGUGGAUGUCGUGGCUAAAUCAGUCGACAUUUCACCCGACGGUGAGACCCUGACAAUCCAAUGGGGAGGGGAUGGUCACCAAAGCCAAUUCCCGUCUCACUGGCUGCUCCUGUAUCGCUUCGAGGAUUCAGCUGAAGACCGGCUUCUCAAUCCCAAACUUCAGUUUUGGGGGUCUGACUUCCGGAGAUUUGAUUUUGGUGAUCUGCUUGUGGAUGAUGGGGCCCUCUACGCCUGGCUGACUGAGCUGGUGACUCUAGGCGUCGCGGUAGUGAAGGACGCUCCACGUGAACUCGGCCAGCUGCACAAACUUGCUGAAAGAGUAGCUUUCCUCAGUCCAACAGUUUACGGACAGACUUUUGAAGUAAAAUCGGAUCUGGAUCCUCUUCACAGUGCCUACACGACCGUUCCCUUGGCAAUGCAUACGGACAUUGCUUAUUACAUGCGUGAAACAGGGAUCGUGAUGCUACACUGCAUACAAGAGGCCGAGGGAACGGGUGGGGAGAGUCUCAUCUGCGAUGGUUUCAAAGUUGCCUUGGACCUUAAACGGGCCGAUCCGGAGGCAUUUCAUCUCCUCUCCAAAUACCAGUUCGAAUUCUUCGACACUGGGAAGGAACGCCAUGGUGAAUUUCACACUCACGCUCGACACAAAACCAUCAGGCUUGACGACCGUGGUGAAAUUGAGGCCAUCACCUUCAGCGAUCACAGCCGAGGACCUAUGCUUCGAGUUCCCGUUGACAAGGUCCUGCCGAUGUACCGGGCCCUCAGCAAGUUUGACAACAUGCUCCUUGCACCGGAAAACUGCCUCAAGUACAAAAUUAAAGAAGGAGAAAUCAUGACUCUCAACAACCGCCGCGCCCUCCACGGCCGAAGCGGCUUCCAGGUGACUGAGGCUAGUAGCCGCCAUCUUGAAAUAGGCUACGUGGAGUGGGACGAGGCCAACUCUCGUAUCCGUGUUCUUGCGAAGAAUCUUCCAAAUCGACCGUGA